AUGAAGGAAGAAGAAAAUUCGUUCAGUUAUUUGAACUUCCUAAAGAGCGGUCUGCAUCUGUCCAAAAAGUACAACCUAAAAUUUCAAAGAAGGUUGUAUGCAGACCUUUUAGAUACCCACUGCUACCGACAAGGGGUAAACAGUGUUGUCUUUCCUGAGGAGUGUUAUUUAAAGUAUGGAGACUUGAACGGGUUAUAUGAUUAUACAAGAAGAGAAUGCCAAGAUGAUAGCUGUGACAAUGUUGUAAAAUACGGAUACAUCUAUGCUUGCUAUAAGCUGAAGAAGGAAAAAAGGAAAGUCAUGCUGCUAAUGCUUCUGGAUGAUGAGUAUAUAAAAUACAACUGCAAGGGUGAGGUGCACGAAAAGUACGAAAAAAAGAAUAUCAAAUUUUAUGAAAAUAACUUUUACGAUGUGAAAAAGCUGCCAGGACAUAGUGCUGGGUAUUACAUUAUGGGGAAAUUGUGCGAAAAGGAAGCCAAAAAUGAGUGGUUUAAUGAUACGAAAAAAAUGAAAUUAAUAGAUAUAGCAUUUUAUUGUUAUUACUUAUGUUUUAAAUCAUGUCCCCUGUUCUUGUGCGCAUAUAAAAAGUUACUAAAGCUGCACGGAAACUUUUAUUCUAAUACUAUGUUCACGGAAGAAGUAGAAAAGUUGUCGAAAGUGUAUAAUUUUGGAGUUCCUUUUUACCAGUCAUGGGGGGUGUGCAGCGGGGUGGAAGAUGAGGACGAGGAUGAUGACUACGGCGAAGAAGAUGAAGAGGAAUACGGAGAACAGGAUGAAGAAGGGUACAGUGAGGAGGAAGAAAAUGAGUACGCUGAGGAGAACAUGGGCGAGUGCGAGGGGUGGGAAGACAUAGAAGCGUAUGGCGAGGAGGAGACAGACGAGUACGACCUAGAGAAUGCAGGAGCACUCAUGAAUGAAAAUAGUGAUUCCCAUUGCGAUACAAAAACAGGUUCCCGUAAGGACAAAAUAUCGCCUUCGGAUGACAGCAUUUUGGAAGAUUUAGAAUUCCAAAAGGAUACAAACUACAUAGAUGUGAAGAGCGCGGAGUUUAUUAUGUCAUUAAUAGGAGAAGAAGAAAUGAAGAAGUCUCUUUUAGAGUGGGAAAAGGCGUGCGAAGAGGACAUAAAUGUGAUAAUGGGCGAGGAAGGGCGUGAGUACAUUUCAAACAAAGCAAUAGUAAAUUUAUCGGUACUGGGAAAGGUAUACUAUUACUUUUAUGUAAAUGAUUUUAGAAAAUGUUUAGGGUUACUAGAGGAGUGGGAAGACAGACCAAUGUUUAGUACUUGCACUGUUUAUACCAAAGGGUUAUGUCACUUUUUACUUAGGAAUUAUGAACAGGCGAGUUUGUUUUUUGAAAAAAUUCAUGAUAUAGAAUCUUUGUACACAAAGCAUUUACCCUUUCUGUCAACAUGUUAUUGGUACAAAGGAGAUAUAGACAAGAUAGAAUACAUUUUGCUGAGUUAUGACAAGAAGGAAUUGAAUGAAUAUUUUUUAUGUGUUAUAGGAAAUUAUUUUUCCCUAAAAAACAACAAAAGCAUGGCAGUAUAUUUUUUUAGAAAGGCAAUGAAGCUAAAUAAGUUUUACGAAUAUGCUUAUGUUCUUUAUUCUUGUGAAAUGAGACUUUUGGGAAACAUGCGCAAGGCAGCUUUGGCAUUGUCGAAAUGUCUACAAAUAAAUGCGUGUAAUUUUAAAGUACACUUGUUACUAAGCGUUAUAUUAUUUCAGGAGAGAAAGUACGAGCUAGCGAAUGUCCACUUGAGUUUAUGUCUGAAACUAAAUAGUAGUGAUGCAGUUGUGUGCAUGUACUGCGCUUCAAUAUAUAAUCACCUGGAGAAGUAUGAAACUGCCUUACUAUGUUUAGAACAUGCACAGAAAAAUGGUUAUGAAGGAAUUGAUGUGUUCAUUAUGCAGGGUGUCAUAUUUUUAAAAAUGAAACGAAAUGAAGAUGCUUUGAACAGGUUCUGGAAAGCCGAAAAAAUAAAUCCCGUUUGUAGUUACGUUAAAGUGCUGAUUGCAUUUACGUUAAUGCUAGAAAAAAAUUUUGAAAUAUCGAAAGUAGCGAUAAAAGAGUUAAUGCUGCAGGAGGACAAUGAUGUAAACAUAAAUUUUUUGAAAGAUAUUUACGAGUGUUGUAAUUUAAAAAGGGUUCCAAACGAGGGGUCUGUAAAAAAGUUAGAGUUAUUUCUUAGAGAGGGCAGCUUUUUGGAAAGCCUCAGCAUGCUGGAUAAUGCUACUCAGCGGUGA